GCACAUUGAGGCGCUAUUAUGGGUCCUUUUCGUCACACGGGAGCUGUCCUCGUGUUGUUUCUGUUUUAGUAGUCGUCAAGUUUUGACAAUUAACUUAAUAUACUCUAGUUUAAGAAUGGAGUCUGACAAAACAACAGAGUCUAACGUCGAGGCUGCUGCGGCCGGUAACGAUGACACAGAGUCUUUCACAAAGGUGAAGUCUAAAAAGACGCAGAAACGAAAACGUGAGCAAGAUGGAGCGGGCAUGGACACGGAGGCGCCCGUGGUCGCCAAGCGGCCACAGUUUCCACCAAUCUCAGGCGACAAAUUACGGGGACCAGAUGAGAUGCGUAAAGUCGCCGUCCCUGCUCACAGAUACACACCUCUGAAGGAGAAUUGGAUGAAGAUUUUCACUCCCAUUGUAGAGAAACUUCAGCUUCAAAUCAGAUUCAACCUGAAAAGUAGAAAUGUUGAAAUCAAAACUUGCAAAGAAACACAGGACAUCAGCUCCCUCACUAAAGCAGCUGAUUUUGUAAAAGCAUUCAUAUUGGGAUUCGAGGUUGAAGAUGCCCUAGCUCUCAUCAGAUUAGACGAGCUUUUCCUAGAAAGUUUUGACGUCACAGACGUUAAACCUCUGAAGGGAGACCAUUUGUCCAGAGCCAUCGGAAGAAUCGCAGGAAAGGGAGGAAAAACCAAAUUCACCAUUGAGAAUGUCACAAAGACACGUAUUGUACUUGCAGACACAAAAAUCCACCUACUAGGAUCGUUCCAGAACAUCAAGAUGGCACGGACAGCAAUUUGCAACUUAAUUUUGGGAAGUCCACCUUCAAAGGUCUACGGCAACAUCAGAGCGGUGGCCAGCAGAGCAGCAGAGCGAUUCUGACGUCACGCCGGUUUCUCUUUGUAUUUAUUGCCUGCCGUCGUCAGCCUUUGGAUUUCUGACCUGUUUUGUAUCAUCGGACUGUGCUCUGUUUACUGAAAGAGAUUUGACAUCAACAAGGACAGAAAACAAGAUAUGCAAAUAACUGUAAAUAAAAAAACCAAGUGAACCCAGA